UCUAAAACACCCACGACAGUAAGAUGGAUUACGCGAUGAUAGACCGUCGGCUCAUCAGAGUUAGUCCAGCCUUGUGUCCACCGCUGCGGGACAGGUCCAGGGGACAUGGCACUUGCAGAAGUCAGCUACGAUAUGGGUGUCUUCAUGAAAUUCUAUCAAAAAUUUCAAUAUAUUUUGGAGAUGCCAAAAAUGAGACCGAGCUCUAACUGGACUGUACCAACGAACAUUAACAUCUCGGUAACCUUUCACCAUAUCCUCGGAGUGAAUGAGAAGGCACACAUCCUCAUUAGCUUCCUCUCCUCCAGACAGCUGUGGUUUAAUGACUACUUGGUGUGGAAACCAGAAGAGUUUGAUGGUAUCGAUCACCUAAUUGUUCCUCUUGACUUCAUCUGGAUUCCGGAUUUUUACAUUUGGGAAUUUGUUGGUGAAAAUAUUUCUCCACUCAUGUCAUAUGCAUACAUUCAUCAUACUGGAAAAGUCAUCUGUGAUCAGCCAAUAAGAGCUGAGACGUCUUGCUACUUGGAUAUUUUCUUCUUUCCUUUUGAUACUCAGAAGUGUUUGUUUACAUUUGGACCAUAUCUCCAUACUGUGGCAGACAUCACCUUGGGUGUUCACGUGUCAGAUGAGCAGCUGUUGUCAGAUUCUCUUCAGAACCUUCAAGACAGAGGAGAAUGGGAGCUCCGACAGAUUAAUGCAUCUAUCCAGCAAUUUUACUAUCAGAGAGAUGAGUGGCCAAUGUGUGUCUUCACCGUCAAGGUCAGGCGAAAGCCCACCCUCUAUUUGGUCAGCCUAAUUCUGCCUAGCGCUUUCCUGAUGCUGAUUGAUAUUCUGAGCUUCUACCUUCCCCCUCAUUCUUUGGACAGAUGUGCCUUCAAAGUGACUCUUCUCCUGGGGUAUACUGUCUUCCUGCUGAUGAUGAACAACAUUCUGCCAAACAAUUCUGGAGGAACUCCCCUCAUAGGAGGAUACUUCUUAUUCUGUCUUGCCCUGUUAGUUAUCAGUUUGUUGGAAAGCAUUUUCAUUUCUUAUAUUCUCAAUGGACUGGCUACUCAGAACAGGACUGUUCCCCAGUGGGUUAAAUCUUUUGUCUUGGGCUACAUGUCCCAGCUGAUUUGCUACAAGAUCACGGAUACCAGGGAGCAUCACAAAAAGAUAAAUGUGUUUACAGUUGGAAUGAUCAAAGGUUAUGAAGAUGAACUAACUGGCAACAGAGAAGCCCCAGGACAAGAACUGGAACAAUUUCUAAAGGACACUUGUGACAAGGUGAAGGAUAUAAGAAACUCCUUUGAACACUUUCACAUCAGGAGCAAAGAUGCUGAAGAAUGGAAAGAAGUGUCUAUUGUCUUGGACAUUUUUAUUUUCAGAGUUUAUAUUAUCUUUAUUACUGUUUGCAUGGUAUGCUUGGGUAUUUUUUGGUCACAGUGGCUCACAGAAUAGAAUGGUUCACCAUACGCUCAAUGUCUUCAGCUUCCUAGGUUUCUGUGCUGACUUUAUACUUAGAUCUGCUAACCAUUAGCCAUCCUUUAAUUUACACAAAUGCCAGCACAAAGCACAUUACAGUUAAUUAAUAUUAUAACAUGGUAUAAUCAAAAUAUAUAAUGUACAUUAGUAAUACUAGACAAAGACAAUGUUAACAUGGCGGGACAUCUAAGAGGUUAUGGUAAGGCGAAGUAACAAGAGUUAAAGAACACUGUGGAGGAAGAUAGCAGAAUGAGUUCCCCUUAACUGAGAUUCACCAAUGUGCUUGGAGUUUUGAGAAUGGUCAUAUAAGAGAUUGUAGGGAUCAGGGCAGUGCGGCAAUGAGGUUCAGUUCAGUUAUAUCACAUAAUCAAGAUGGUUCUAGAACUCUUGAUGAGGGUUCCGAAAGGAACAGUGAACUCGAUCUUACACAUCCUUGACAUUUAGUUUGUGUCAUGUCCCUGUAGCAGUACAACAAACCAGUAGAGUCUAUUAGGAUUUACAGGUGACCAUUGAAUAGGACAAGAAAACAAAAGAAAUCAAAAAGAGAAAAUCGUCUGACAUUCAUGUUGUUUCACUUGUGUCCUUGCUGUGCAUUUUCAUAAAAACUUCUUUUCCGGUUUAUUUUAUGUAAAUGUAAGUUAAACAAGUAAACCUAUAAACACUGUGGGUAGGCAAGUGAAUGUGUCAAGAGCUGGACUAACGCUCUCAGGGAUCAUUUCCUGCCUUGCACUUUGUGCUGCUAGGAUGAGCACCAGACCCCAGUGGUUCUGAAAUGAAAUGAAAAUGGAUUGAUAGAUGAAAACCAACAAAAAAUUUGGAAGUAAAUAACAACUACAUUCAAUAAGGAUAGACAAAAAUAAAAUAUCAUCUGUUUAUAAAACUCA